GGGUGGAACAGAGAAGAGGUGUAUACGAGCAUGGAGGGGAUAGUGGUUCGACGAGGGGGAAUCCUUUGCAGAGGAUGUUGCGUAGGGCAACUUCGCAGAGGGAGAGUCCUGCGGUGGAGGAUUAUAACGUGGCAUCCGGUGGGAGAAGAGGAAUGACCCAACAAAGAAUUGAUACAGGCUCCUGGACGCAGAAGGGUAGGAAUGCAAAGGAAGCUAUUGGUAAAGCUUGGUCAAAGUUUUUCCAUUUUGCGGGAGUACCUGGAAGACAGGCUGACAAUCCUUACUUUGUCAGCGCGGUCAGGGAGACACAGAAGUGGGGUGAAGGUAUCGCAUCACCAACUGGACGGGAUAUUGAUGGCAAGUACCUUGAUCAGAACGAGCAAGACUUGAAGACGAGGUACGUAAAGUUUCGGAAAGACUGGCCCUUAUUUGGCGUCACGUUGAUGUGUGAUUCAUGGACUGGGCCGACGAGGAUGAGUGUCAUCAACUUUUUGAUAUACUGCAAUGGAGUCAUGUGGUUCCACAAGUCUAUUGAUGCGAGUGGAAGAACUCAAGAUAGCACAUAUUUGCUUAGGGAGAUUCGAAAGGUGGUGGACGAGAUUGGACCGGAGAAUGUCGUGCAUAUAGUCACCGAUAAUGGCUCGAAUUACAAGAAAGCUUGCAAGGCACUAGGAGAGGUGUAUGAACACAUUCUUUGGACACCUUGUCUAGCACACACCGUCAAUUUGAUGUUGAAGGAUAUAGCUCGAAGGCCCGAACAUUCUGGUACGAUCAAGCAAUGCAAGCGAAUUUCUAAUUGGUUACACAAUCAUGGUCAGUUGAAUACAAUGAUGAGGAACGCAAUCGGUGGUGAGUUGGUCAAGUGGAAUGCCACUCGAUUUGGAACCAAUUACAUGUUCUUAGAGAGCAUCUAUCGGAAACGUGAUCGUUUCAUGCAGUGGAUGGCAUCUACUGAGUUUUUACAAAGCAAAUGGGCAGAUACCGAAGAUGGUCGAUUUACUCAUUCCAGGUUUUCAAAUUUGGAGUGGUGGGACGGAUUGAAAUAUGUCAUCGACACAGUUCAAGCAAUAUACAAGUUCCUUCGCUUCGCUGAUCAGGACAAGCGGCCCAACAUGUGCGAAGUCGUGAUGUCGUACCAGAAUACGAGGCAGGAGCUGCAAUCUUUCUUUGGAAAUAAUGUUUCCACUCGGGACGAGUAUCUUAAGGUUAUGGACGAUAUGAUGCGUGACCUUUUCAUAGGCACGUAUGUGGGUCCAGCUGCUGUCCUAAAUCCGAGGUAUUCAUACACGAUGGAACCAACUCAAGAAAUGUUCCGUGGACUCAAGGAUACAUUUGAGCGCAUGACCGAUGUCCAGAGCGCCGUGCAGGCAUUGCAGGAGCUUGAGGUGUUUCGGCAGAAGGUUGGCGAGUUUGGCAGUGAAAUGACAAUGAGAAUGGCGACCGAUGUCCAGCUGCUGUCGGUUUAUUUUGUUCAAAUGCCGGAGAUAACUUAA